AUGGUUGUUCUAACCCCUCUUCUCUGCCUUGUCGGCAUAUUUAAACUUGCAAUUGGUGUUCCUGUAGACGCUCCACUCCCUCUUCCUAUCUCCGAUUUGGUCUUCAGAGGCGAGCUCGGAGGUCACGAAGUCGAAUUCAAUGGUACUAUCCAGGAAGUCUACGCCCAAGUCGCCGCCACCCACCCAUCCUUCAACACCCGCUCCCAACUGGACACAAAUAUCGCCCUCGCAGCCGCCUCACCCAUCCAGAUAACCAAGAGAAACAAGGCCCACCACUUCUGCAACCAAAACAUCGGCAAACCCUGGCUCCCCGCAAAAGUAACCUACAUCGAAGACGGCAUCAAAUACCUCAGUACAUCCCCCUACCCCCUCCCCCAUCCACCCCUAUACCCAGACCUAACCAUCCCCGCAGAGUCCAAAGGUAAAUGCGGAGUCCAAUCCGGGCACUGCGCGCGCAUCUCCUGUUCCUGGGAUUCCGCGAUAUUUCUCUGCAACGACCGUCUGGAUUUUAUCGAGCCAUCGUGUGCUUAUCUGGCGUCUUAUGCUGAGGAUCUUAUUGAUUGGUGUAAGACGGAGGUGAGUGGGAUGGGAUCGGCGGUUGCGGGACAGUUGUUUGAUACGGAUAGUUAUAAUGUUUUGGUGAGGUAUAGUAAUUGCUAG